AUGGCAACGACUAAACCGACUUUCCUGGCGCAGCCAGCGGUGAAGUGCGUGCGGGUUUACCGCAACGGGGACCCCUUUUACGCCGGUAGAAAGUUCGUGAUCAACGAGCGCCAGAUCUCAACCUUUGAAGCUUUCUUGAAGGAGGUUACCAACGGUUUGGAGGCACCAUUCGGGGCCGUCCGCAACAUUUAUACCCCGCAGCAAGGCCACCGUGUCUUCCAGCUGGAGGAGUUGGACACCGGCAAGCAAUACGUGGCAGGAGGCAAGGAGAGGUUCAAAAAACUCGACUAUAUUCAGAUAGGAAUAAAGAAAACGAAGCCACUGCCAAAGGAUGUUCAGAUCAAGCCAGUUGCUCACAGCCGGAUAAUAGCAUCAGCAAGAUUUCGAAAGCCUACUCAAGAGCCGUGCAUUAUUUGUGUGUUCUCAAAUGGGGACUUCUUAAGUCCUGCUGCUCGACUGCUGAUUCCUAAGAGAAUACUGGGCCAGUGGGAACAGGUCCUUUCUAGCAUCAAUGAGAAAGUGAACCUUAGAACUGGAGCUGUAAGAAAGCUUCAUACAUUGGAUGGAAGGUCCAUCAGUGAUGGCACAGAGCUUGAGAAUGGUGGAUAUUAUGUAGCUGUGGGCAGAGAUAAAUUUAAGAAGUUACCCUAUGGUGAACUGAUUUUCAGUAAACCAUGCCGAGGAAGAUCUAAUGGAUCAAAGGCUGCUUCACUACCUCCAAUUCCAGGAUCUAAGAAGAGUAAGGAACACGGAGAUCGCCAAAUUCGUUCAACGGGGACCACAGGUGAAGUAUAUCCAAUGACUUCACCACAGCCAGCAAAGAGGAAAGGAAAGAAGGAACAAGUGAUAACUGGAGGAGAAUCAGUGUUCCAUGCAAAACCCAUCAAAGUGAGGAAUGUGAAGGAGGAAAUUGGAAACUCAAAACUUAUUCAGCACGAUGGCUGUGUGUUUAAAGCUUAUGAGGAAAGAACAGAGACCAUGGGUGCAACAGAAGUUCAAGAAGAUAACCAAACGCAGGUGGAGCUGCCCAUUGAUCAGAGGCCUGCAGAGACUGUUGAUGAGGAGGAAGAUCUACCAGAGCUGUGUAAUGAACAAAGUAGUCAUGAAGGACAUGAAAAUUCUCCAAAUGUGGAGCAAGAAACCUGUGAUGAUGCAUUUAAUGAGGAAAAAAUCCUUAAGAUUUCUCAUGUAGAAGAUAAUCUUCAUCGAUUUGAUCUUCCUCACAGAGAAAUCAAGACCAGUGAGAAAAGUGAAACUGAUCAUCAGGAAGAAGAAGAAAUUGCUGACCUUGCAGAAGAAGAGGUGGAAGAUCAAACGGAGGAGAAUCAAGAAGACAAAUAUUUUAAUCAGAAUAAUCUUCCUCAUAAAGAACAGACGAUGAGUAAAGAAAGUGAAAUUGAUCAUCAGAUAGAAGAAGAAAUUGAUGACCUUGCAGAAGAAGAGGUGGAAGAUCAAACAGAGGAGAAUGAAGUAGAUAAAUAUUUUAAUCAAAAUAAUCUUCCUCAUAAAGAACAGACGCCAAAUAAAGAAAGUGAAAUUGAUCAUCAGAUAGAAAAUGAAAUUGCAGACCUUUCGGAAGAAGAGUUGGAAGAUCAAACAGAGGGGAAUGAAGAAGAUGAAUCUUUUAAUCAGAAUGAUUUUCCUCAUAACGAACAGUCAACAGGUGAUGAAAGUAAAAUUGAUCGUCAGAUAGAAGAAGUUGCUGACCUUGCAGAAGAAGAGGUAGAAGAUAUUGAUCAAAUGGAAGAGAAUGGAGAAGAUAAAUCUUUUUAUCAGAGUGAUUUUCCUCAUAAAGAAGAGAUAUUGGGUGAAGAAAGUGAAAUUCAUCAUCAUGUAACUGAAGACAUUUCUGACCCCGCAGAAGAAGAGGAGCAAGAUGUUGAUCAAAUGGAAGGGAUGCAAGAAAAUAAAUAUUUUCAUCAUAAACAGGAUGAAUUUCAAAAAGAAGACUUAGAUCAGAAAUUAGAAGACAAUUUUGCAGAUGGAGAAACCCCACUGGAAGAGACUGACAAAGAGAUUGAAGUGAUUACCACAGAAGAAAUUGGCAAGGAUGUUGACAAUCUGGGAGAAAUAUUAUCAAGUCCUGCGGAAAGUAUACCAAGUCCACUAGAGAGUGAUGGAAAUGAAACCAUUCAGCCAGCUACUGGACAUGCUGUUUUGGCUCAGUGAAUCUUGAAGCCAUUGCAAACUUUUGAUUCCCAUGGCGAGAGUGAACCUUGGAGAAAUGGAUUUCAAGUAUUUCUGCCAGUGGAAAGGGAUCUUUUUGUUGCAAUGGAUUACUCAUCAGAGAAAAUAACAAGCCAACAUUGGUGCAAUAUCUUUACACCCUUAGUUGAGGUCUUGACUGUGGCCAUUGAUGACUUGUAAAAGAUAUGACAUCUGAAGAAGUUGGAGAAACUUUGUCAGUUUGACAGCUGUGAGGGAAAACUGAUUCAUUUCUUUGCACAUAUUGUUGAUGUUAAUUUGUCCACAUCAUAUGCCUUGAACUGAAAGUACGUGAAUCAUCGAGGCAUUUUUGAAACCAUGUAAAUAACACUAUUAUAUCAGUUUCAAGGACUUCACCAAUGUAAAAUAUGUCAUUGCAUUUUAAUACUUUAUCAAUAUUUUGUUGGCCAGGUGAUUACAG